UCCGCUUAAAGCGCUGAGCAAGUUCAAAAUAUGACUGUCGGUCAGCCUUCGUGGUAGCGAAUUUAUUUAUUUUUUAAUGGUAAACGUGUUUACUGUAGACGCUGAAAGCACUGAGGGCUUGAGCUGGACUUGCUGGUGUAUCUCUGAGAGUCGAGCUAACAACGGUCGAGCCGCAGCUCAGUCAGUUUGAGCAGCAGCAGCGAGGAGAAGGACGAGCCUAAGCUGACUCUCGUUCUCGGGCUUUGAAUAUGUUUAAAUCGGUCGAGUGCUGGGCUCCAAAAUCUUCGGACUCAUGGUGAAGAGAAAGAAGAUAGCGUCCGCUGGCGAAGAGCUGGAAAACGGCAUGACAGUGGGCCAUGGGGCUGCCUCGGAAGCCGACGGAGCCAGCAAAGCGGUCAGAAAGCUUGAGGGCGGCGAGGACGAGGAGAGCGCCGCCGCCGAGCAGCCGAGCACAAAGAGGGACGGAGAAGAGGAAACGCUUUUGCCGUCCGCCGCCGUCCGACCCGGUUCGACUCCCUCUCUUUCCACCUUGUCCUCGUCGCCGAACCCAAGCCUUGGUUCGCCCCCGCACGGCCAGGACCAGCACCAUUUUCUCCGCUCCAGCGUACGACCUCCGAGCAAGCGGAUACGGAAAGAGCUCGCUGCCCCGGCCGUAAACGGUCACAGCGGCGCCAGAGCCAGAGGUGGUGAUGCAGUCCCUGCCGUAUCUACAACAGGCCACACAGGCUCUGGUGCAGGCUCUGGGGCUGGAGGGACCUCUCGGUCGACUCCUAGGAACCAGGGACCAGUGGAGAAAGAUGAGGGGGGGAACCAGAAGCGUGCACGGAGACAGUGGGAGUCCUGGAGCACUGAGGACAAAAACAGUUUCUUUGAAGGACUUUAUGAGCAUGGGAAGGACUUUGAGGCCAUUCAGAAUAACAUUGCUCUGAAGUAUAAGAAGAAAGGGAAGCCUGCCAGUAUGGUAAAGAACAAGGAGCAGGUUCGCCACUUCUAUUACAGGACCUGGCACAAGAUCUCCAAACACAUUGAUUUUAAUAACGCGUAUUCUCGUGUGCUGAAGAAGUCCUCCCAGGAGCUUUAUGGCCUCAUAUGCUAUGCCGAGCUCAGGAAGAAGGUUGGAGGCUUAAUGGAUGACAAGAAUGUUGCCAAACUGAAUGAGCUAAUACAGCAAGGGGCCACCACGGUUCGCUCUAAAGGCAGGAACCUUAGGAUCAAAGCUCCCAUGUGUCGUGCACUGAAGAAACUCUGUGACCCAGAUGGAGUGAGUGAUGAGGAGGACCAGAAACCUGUUAGGUUGCCACUGAAGGUUGCUGUGGAGUUGCAGCCACGUAGUAACCAUUCUUGGACUAGGGUUCAGAGUUUGGCUCAUAAUCCUCGUCUCAGGAUGGUAGUCGAGUUGCAUAGGAAGGUGUCCAGUCUCAUUGAGUUCCUGAAACAAAAAUGGGCCAUUCAGGACCAGCGAAUUCUUAAGAGCUUGGCAGAGAGGGAGGCUCUAGAGGGUGCAGCUCCGCCUGGCGAGUCUGAGGAUUUAUUCCUGUAUCCAGCAGAGAGCAGCACCAUCAUUGCAUUGCCAGGUGUUGCUCGUGUUGUUCACUCCAAGGCCUCCUGCACAGUACACUGGCAAGAAAGUGGGCGUGGUCGCCCAGGUGUCAGAGACCUGCCAGCCGCCCAUAUCCUAGGCAUUCAGCCUGUUCGAGGAACAGGGAAACAAGGCAAGGGUGGCUCAGGAGGCACAGACUCAAAAAAAGUUGAUGGGCAAGCUCCUGAGGGUUCUGAUGGCAGUAUCUCAACUCCUGGGACAGAGAACAAUUUCAGCUCUGCCCAAAACACUAACUUUCUUACUCCUGUCACUCUGUCGUCAUCAUCUUCCUCCCCUUGCCCAGCACAGGAGGGUAGUGGGACAUUGACUGUUGACCCAACAGGGACAUCUCAGACGCAGACAUGCUCUAGUGGGAGAGCUAAAGAAACUGUCAGUCAAAGAGAAUCCAUCCUGACAGACCAGAGCAAAGAGGAGCCUGGACCAGGAGGUGGAGCCACAGCAGAUGGAAUGCCACCUCCUUCCGAGUCUGCAGGCCGAGUUGAGGAGGCAGCUGGGAAUGGACGCUCCCCGCAGCAGAUUCGCGAAGAGGGCUGGAGCUCGCAGGGCUCUGAGAAUGUAACGCUAGCCGAACUCUACCUCAUGCUGGGCAAGCCGGGUAAACUGCAGCUGGAGUAUGAGUGGCAACCCAAGCCCCGCCCCACAGCCCUGUCCACCACUCAUCGCAUGCUUCGCUGUCUCCUCAGGCUUGUCUCAUCAGAGGUCAAUCCCAAACCCGCUCCAGAUGUGUGUUCAGUCGGGACAUCUCCAGUGAAGCCGGGGCAGGAGGAGCAGUCUCUGACGCCUCCAGGCAAAGCUCAGGCUGGGGGGACUCGCAGCCCCAGCUGUGGCCGCCAGCAGCACACAGCGCGCUCUAAAAUUCUGCCCAAUGCAGCCAGCACAGGUGGGCGUAAUCUGCCACGUUCUCUAUUGGUUUCCGGAGGUGACUGUGAUGGGGGUGUGUUCGCUGUUCCGACAACUCUUCCGCCCAAUAGUUCUCGGCACUUACGGAUGUUUUCUCCCAACAAGGAGGCAGAGCUAGCCUUCCGCCAGCAGCUGGACUCAAUCAGUUCAGAUAUUUUCCUACCCAAGCAAAGAAAGGUGGGCAGGGGACGCCCACUGAGGAAGCCACUCGUUGUGCAGAGAACUUUGCUGCCUCGAACAACAGGAGACACCUCCCAGCAUGUGUGCUCCUUCUCCAUUCUCUCCAAUUCUUCAGCUACUGGCACGGGUUCUUUUCGGCCAAUCCAAACCCGGCUCCCAUCGACCCGUCCCAUUCCUCUCAAACCUGCGUCCGCUACAAUAAAUCCCAGUUCUACCAGUCAGCUGUCCAGUGCAAUUGACCUGGCAGCAAAGUCUGCAGGCAUUAUCCCAGGAAGUCCCUGUCGAGAGGUGGAGGGCCCUGCUGUAGAGACCCGCCUCAAAGGACCUGAGGACACCACGCCACCCGUGCCUGAUGCUCCUGAACCUGAGCUGCUCCAGCAGGAGCCAGAGGGUGCUUUGCAAAACGGCGUUUCUCCACCGUCCCCAGAGGGUGGUGACUCCCUUUUGGCACCUCCCAGUGUUGCUUCCUUAUUGGAUAUUUCUCUGCCUGGUCCUCCAGACGAAUCCCUCCCCUCUGGAGAGCCCCACACUCAUAUUAGUGACUCCAUUAUUGAGCUUGCCAUUAAUUCUGCUCACUAUGGUGAUGGAUCGUCUCUUUCUCCUCCAAAACUCAAUGGAACUGACCGGUCCAAACUCCUCCCCUCACCCAGUGACAGCCCCGCCCACAGCUGGAUGCCAUCUCCUACGCAUGACCCUCAGUGGUACCCCAAUGACUCCAGCGACUCAACUCUGGGCUGCCUGCUCUCAAGCCUGGUGUCUCCUGAUAAGACUCGUAGGACUGUCCUCCCCCCUGUAGAGCCCUCCAGUGGUACAGCCUUGCUUGGGCCUAGCCUGCUGGACAGCAACUCCCAUGAUUCUUUUCAGGCUCGUGGGCUGCCUGAUGUAGUGGAGAUGGAUACUCAGCUUGCCUGCAUGAUGAGUGAGAGCAGCGUUGACUACAUUGCCCGCUUCAAUGAUCUUGCCCAAGAGUUAUCCGUCUCUGAAGCAAGUCUGCCUCCUCCAGGGGUUUGAGAUGAAGAGGGUGAGGGGUUCUGUCCCUGCUUCACCUUUCCCACACAUCGGGGUUGAUGUGCUUGUAUGGAGCUCUACACUAUCAGUUCCAGACCCGCAAUGUGUGGGACAGUGAUGUAGAAGAAUUCCAGUUCCUCCAGUUAGUGCGUGUGCGCGUGUGCGUGCAUACGUGCGUGUUUGAUUGAGCUUGUUGUAAGUGCAAUAAAGACUGCCAUGAUCCUCGAGACUUUUCAGGAUCAAAUGUGUGCACCCAUCGUUUCGUGGCUGUGGUCUUGAGAGCCACAUUCCAUACACUUCUUAAACAAAUUUGUUUACAAUGCAACCUCAUGUACAGGAAACAAAGAUCCGCCAUAUCUGAACAAAUAUUGCCUCCUGUAGAUUUCUUUCCUUUCUCUUACGUCUGUCUCACUUUCCUGUUUGUGUCUGAGAUGCAUCUGUCUGUGUAAAGAGCCAAGGAUGCUUUUCUGUGUUUGUCUUUGUGAUUUUGUUCCUUUUUGGAAGAUACCUGAUCUGUCCUUGAUUAUCCUUUGCAAAAUCCUGAAUAAGCCAUAAGUGUGCAUGUGUAAAUGUGUGUACAUACAGUACACAUCCUCCAUAUGCAGUCAAUGUUGUAUUUUUUUUGUUUUGUUUGUUUCUUUGUUUUUAAUACUCUGGCUUCAUAGUUCAAUUGGCUUUGUCUAAUUCAAUAUUGAUUAUCUGAAGACACUGCUAGAAGGGUUUUUAUUUAUUUAUUGUGGGAAAUGCAAGAACUAAUUGGAAAUUUCACCAACACUAAAAGAAAAACAACUAAGCAAAAGUCCAUUUUUAUAUACUACCCUAAGAUUUGUUAGUUAUCAAAUAACUAAAUGCCCUUUGGUUUGAUGGUUAGUACUCACAGCACUAAGUUGUUAUUGUCUGCUUUUAAAGCCAGUAACUGGAUGGUUUAAAUAGUCAUUGACACACUCUUGUGUACCCUGUUUCCGAUAGAAUGAAUGUGUAAUGUUUCUGAUGUAAAUAGAUCAUAAAAAGGUUCCAGUAUUCACUGCGCUUUUUAUAACAUACUGUAAAUUAUUUGGAUUAUUUAUUAAUUUACAUUUUUCAACAGUGAUUUUUUUUAAACUUCCAAGGCAUCUCCUUCCUGAUGAUUGAAAGAUCCCUGUAUUUGUUAAAAAGGGGUUUUACUUCACCAUGUAAAAAAGAAAUAGAGAGUUUCAAACCUG